AUGACUGAGGAAGGCCCAACCAGGUCCUCACUCGAUGCCAUCUUAGCGGCUCAGAGACGAGGAGAAGAUGUGGAGACGUCCAAGAAAUGGGCCGCUGGCCAGAACAAACAGCAUUCGAUCACCAAGAACACGGCCAAGUUGGAUCGGGAGACGGAGGAGCUGCACCACGACCGGGUGACCCUGGAGGUGGGCAAGGUGAUCCAGCAGGGCCGGCAGAGCAAGGGGCUGACCCAGAAAGACCUGGCGACGAAAAUCAACGAGAAGCCGCAGGUCAUCGCGGACUAUGAGAGCGGCCGGGCCAUCCCUAACAAUCAGGUCCUGGGCAAGAUCGAGAGAGCCAUCGGCCUCAAGCUCCGGGGGAAGGACGUCGGGAAGCCCAUCGAGAAGGGGCCAAGGGCGAAAUGAACACAAAGCCUCGAAGUCAGUGUGUCCGGCUGACCUCGCCUGGCUGGUUCCCUGACCGCCACCGCCGGCGCGGGUCUCUCCACGUGGCCAAGUGGAACGCAGGGCGUCAGCCCUGCCCGGGACCCCUCCCCAAACCUGCUGUCAGACUAACAAACAAAACUUUGCAAAGUGUUUGCUUCUCCUGGUUUUUUCCUCCCUGCCCCCGUCCCUCAAAUGGGGUGCGGAGCGCCACCUUCCUCUCCCCCGUGUCUGCCCAGCUGCGUGUGGCUCCCGGGGAGCCCUGAGGGGGACCGCCUCACCGGGGGCGGGCGGCCUGGCCGUCUGGGAGAGGAGCUGUGUCUCCAGCCCGGCCCUUAGAGAAACGAAUAAACGUUUGUCGCCCUUCCUG